ACCGAAAGAACAAGAAUCGAGCGCAAAGAAAUCAAUUGGCUUAUACUAGAUCGUGAAAAAGAUAUUGGAUAUUGGAGAAACUGCAUCGAGAAUAGAAACAUUUGGUGUGAGGUCGGUAUUUGAUUAUGUGCGCUUCGUUGUCACUAAAGACGAUUUUGGCAAGUGUUGAGGAGAAGUGUCAACCAAUCUUCGCCGUAUGGGAUGAAGUAGGUAUAGAAGGAUCAGAACUCGAGGAAGAAGUACGUUCAGUCAUAAAACAACUGGAUAUAGUCCUUGAUAACAUAUUAAUUGAUAAAGAGACCAGGAAAACACAAUUAUCUCAAUCAAUUGAUGAUCUCAUCACAUACAUCAAUGAAAUCUCUUCAGAAAUUAAUAAUACACCGUUUUAUCCUCCAAAAACCACAACUUUAUUAAAAACGUACAAUUUUCUGUUGUCAGAAAAGGAGAGACUUUUAAAGGAUGCUGAUAGUUUUAUCCAGGAGUUCAAUACGUUGAAGAAUUCAGAAAGAAAACUAUGUAGCCGUUUAUGUGAAACGGAAAUAACACUUAACUACAAAGCGGUUCCAUCUCAGGAACAGAUUAAACUACUGAGAAGACGCGUUGAACAUCUUAAUACUGUUAAAGCUGAAAGGUGUGCAAAAUUUUUAGAACUUAGAUCCCAGAUGAUUGCUGGUUAUGAUAAGCUUGGAAAGUCAUUGAGACUAGUCACUGAUUCUUGUUGUCUUGUAAAGGACAUACUUGCACCAGAAGCAUUAGAGACUUUCACGCUCUCUGAAGAAAAUAUGUUUUCUAUGUCAGAUAUUGUUGAUCAAUUGUCUUGUGAAUGUGCACGAGUUGACACUGAAUGCAAUGUUUAUAGAGGUCGUCUAAAUCUUCUACUUCAAUUGUUAAACCCAUUGGGUGUUUCAUGUGAUGAAGUCGAAAACGAAAAUUCAAGUUUCACAUUGCGCAAAUUGAGAACAGAAGUAGAUCGGUUAGAAGCUAUACGUUCACGUCAUAUGGAUACUUUGGUUUCUACGGCUCAUUCACAAGUGAAUCAGUGUUGGGACGAUUGUUUUGUGGGUGUUAAACAUCGUCAAAAGUUUCAAUCUUUACUACAGAACAAAGAUAAUGAGAAUGUAUUGACCGUUCUAGAGAAUGAGAUCACCACAUGGAAAGAGUUCAAGGAAAAAAACUCUGAAUUUCUUUUAGACGUUGUUAAAUGGUGUGAUCAAUUUUCUUCGUUUCAAAGUUUGAAGAAACGAAUGAAAGAACCUUCAGUAUUACAAAAUCGUGGUGGUAUAUUGUUGAAGCUUGAGAAAGAACGCAAGCAACUAUUACGUGACUUGCCAAAUUUAGAAGCCAAAAUCAGAGAGGCUUUUUCAAAUCUCAAUAUUAUCAGUCCUUCACUAGCUUCAGCUAUUCGAUUGGGAUCAGAAAAUUUGGAUCCAGUAGAUUUUAUCAAAAAAUCAUGGGAAAGUUUACAAAACGAUAAAGAAAAUGACAAACAAAACGAUCGUAUCGCCGUCUCUACAAACAGAACCAUUGAUACUAAAUCUGCAGGUGCAUUAAUGAAUAGUGGCAAAAAUCUUAAACGACCUAAUCCAUAUUGUAGUAAUGAAACAAUAAUUGUACGUGAUCCUAAUUCUAACAGUUCAUCAUUAUCAUCAUCCUCCUCAAUAUUAACCAAUAAUAAUAAUAGUCGAAUGAAACAAAGUCGUGUUGUUGGGCAUCUUAAGAAACCAGAAAUAAUAAAAACAAAAAUUGAUUCACGUAAAAGAAAAAGUCGUUCAGUUCCACCGGGAAGUCGAAAAAUCCUUUACUCAAAUAUGGUUUUACACGAAGUGAAUCAUCCAUCUUCAUCUAAAAAUAUUUUAGACGAUAUGAAUUUAUGCACCAAAUCUACAUUGACAAAACAAUCUGUUGAUGAAGUGGAAAGCUUUUUUGAAGGUUUAAAGAGCAAUGAUAAAGGAGGAUCUCAUGUGUCAACAUUCAUUCACUGAUUGCUUUUAUCAUUACGAAAACAAGGAAAACAACAAUACAUACAUAUGUGAAAACUUUACUUUCUUUAAAUCUCUGUAUCCUUUGCUUUAAUCCUGUUGUUUAUAUCUUUGUUUUUGCUUUUUCAAUAGACCUGUAUUUAUUGAUUUCUGUGGAACUAUUUACUUACACAUUGAAAGUAUAAUAUUUAUAAAUAAAAUGGC